AUUUGUUGAGUCAGAAAAGUAGUUUGGUGCUGAAGUGUCUUCUCCGCUGUCAUGGAGCCUGUGAGCAGGAAUCACCAUCUUGGAUCCGUGUGGCGCUGCGUCUUCCUGCUGAGCCUCCACCUGAAGUUCGGUCUGACGGGAGACUGCCCUGCAGAUGGACGCACCUGGGUGCCCCUUCAAGACAGAUGUUACCACUUUGUUCACGGAGACGAGGACAAAAUCAAAAGUUACACUUUUGAGAGAGCAAAAUCCCUCUGCCAAGGGUUCGAGCUUCUGACCAUACAGAGUGCGGAGGAAAAUGACUUUGUCAUUAAAUAUAGCCCAGAGGUGUGGAAAGGCAUUGUCAACGUGUGGCUGGGAAUGUAUUAUGACACAAAUAGUGAGGACAUGAGGUGGUUGGGCGAGGACCCCGUGGGAUUCACUAACUGGGAGGACAGCUCGUCUCCGUCAGACCUCGUGCCCCUGGACACGUGCGUGACCCUGCACAGCAACACGGGAAAGUGGGAAAAUGUCAGCUGCCUGGACGAGGCGGAGAACGGUGUGAUCUGUGAGAGCGUUCAGAAAGCAGAGAAGGUCAAGCAGAAAGCCAGCGUGCUGCUGACGGCCCUGGUCAUUCUCAGCGUAGUGGCUAUCAUGGGAGUCUCAGCGGUGAUUUGGUUCCUGCACCAGAAGCACAAUCUUGGCUCCACCCUCUUCACGGCAUUCGAGUACCACCCUCCGUUCCGAGUCCUGGAGACGGACCAGUCGUGCCUGGUGGAGGCUGAGGAGAACGACAGUGUGCCGUAGAACAACUCCCCCUUAUCACUGGGUGGGUGUUCAUGCAAAGAGAAUUCCACUUUUUCAGCAGUUCCUGAGGCUACAUCCAUACUCGUUUGUUUUAGUUGUAAAAAAGGACGAAAAAAUCUACGUCCAGCCUUGUGCUUUAGCUCCGAAUCAGUAUUAAUCUCCAUCCAUAUUAAAAGGCCUGAGAAUGAGAAACAGCAACAUGUUUUCUUGGACCGACCAUGAGGUGGAACAAGUCUUCACCUACAUCAGUUCAUGCAGUUUGUUUUUCCUAACCUCUUUCCGUUUCUGCCCGUCCAUGCUAAAACACAGCCCAGGAGUUUUCAAACUAAAAUGGAGCCAGUAGUGUUUUCAAACUUCUCCGUUUUAGGCACUUGAAAACACCAGAGGCAUGUGGUGCAUUAAUCAAACUAAAACGUUGCCGUGUGGAUGAAGCCUGAGACAGUUUUUUUUGGGGGGGGGGGGGGGGGG